AAAUCGUUUAGAAAUGUCAAACUAAUGGCAUUUGAUUUUAUAUUCCUUCCAUUAAUAUAAAUUAAUAAUUUAGUUAUUUGAGAUCAGUGCAUUAGAAUUUUCUAUAAAAAUAUGGAUAAUCAGCUUCCUAGCGACUUUGACCUUAUAAUUGUGGGUACUGGAAUGGUAGAAUCAAUUCUAUCAGCUGCUGCAAGUAGAAUUGGGAAAAGGGUUUUACAUAUUGACAGGAAUGAUUAUUAUGGUGGACAGUGGGCUUCAUUUAAUUUAGACGCAAUUCAAAAAAUUAAAGAGAAGCAGCAUUAUAUAUUGGAAGAUGCCAACAAGUUAUUGCAGCAAGAUGAAUAUAUUACUUCUAUUGGAAAUGAUUUAUUUAACAUAGAAAAUGUUGUUUUCAACUGGCACAUUCCAGAGAAAGCUUCAAGUGAGGAUGUAAACAAUCCAAGCGAAUUCAUGGAGGAAAAAGGCCAAUUAGAAUUAGGUGACAACACAAACCCUGAAGCUUGGACUAAGGAAAGUCUUCUGAAGGAAACUAGAAAGUUUAAUAUUGAUCUCACCCCUAAGCUACAAUAUGCAAGAGGUGAUUUUGUGGAAUUACUUAUAUCUUCAAAUAUUGCCCGUUACUCAGAAUAUAGGAGUGUCAGUAGAGUGUUGACGUGGUUGAAUGGUCAGCUCGAAGUUGUUCCUUGUUCUAGAUCUGACGUCUUCGCCAACAGCAAAGUCUCAGUCAUUGAAAAAAGAAUGCUUAUGAAGCUACUUACCUCCCUCGACGACGGUGGCGCAGAACUAAAAAGUUAUACGAAUAAAACUUUUCGUGCUUUCCUAAAAGACAGAAAACUGACUCCCGAUCUAAUCCAUUACGUACUGUAUGCGAUUUCGAUGAGCACAGAUGAUACCCCUUGCAUUGAAGGGGUUGAGAACACCAAAAGAUUUUUGAAUAGCUUAGGGCGGUUCGGAAAAACACCAUUUUUGUUCUCAAUGUACGGGAGCGGAGAAAUUACGCAGGCCUUUUGCAGGUUGAGCGCGGUGUUCGGUGGAAUAUUCGCCUUGUCUCAACCGAUUAGCGGUUACAUCUUCGAUGAUGGAGGGUUCAAGGCGUUGCUCGUAGGUGAGCAACGCAUAAAAGCGGAUCACAUCGUGAUGGGCAUUGAAAAAGCCCCAGUGAAAUUUGUGGAGACCGUACCAAAGACAUAUAUUUCGAGAGCGGUGCUUAUUACCGACAGAUCUAUCUUGGAUAGCGAGAAGGAGCACUUGACGCUUUUGCUCUAUCCGCCCGAAGGCGGCAAAUGCUCCGUGACUCUUAUAGAAUUGGGAACAUUGACUGGAACUUGCCCCAAGGGUUUGUUUUUAAUCCACCUAAUAUCAAGACAGAAUACUAAUCCAGAAGAAGACUUUAAGCACGUAGUCGAUAGUCUCUUCAUUACAAACGGUGCCAACGAAACAGAGCCCUCGUGCAAACCACGUGUUUUAUGGUCGUUUUAUUUUUCCAUAGCAGACACCAAUGGUGUGGAUUUAAAGCAAAACGUACCGAAAAACACCUACAUCUGCCCAGGCCCCGAUAUAGACAUGGACUUCGAUCUGGCCAUCAAGGAGGCUAAAAAAAUCUUCGCGGAACUGUACCCGGAAACAGAGUUCCUACCGAGGGCUCCAGAUCCUGAAGAAAUCAUCAUCGGAGGGGAGGAAGAAGCAACGGAAGAGAGUACCGAUACAGGGGACAAAGAGAAAGGUGGUGGCGAUACGGUGGUUGAGGAAUUGGUACGGAAUAUCCAGAAUCAAGACAUCGAAGACACGCUGGACCGCGACGCCGCUUAAAGGCUUUGAAAUUUAAGUGUAAGCUUCAACGCAAAGUUUAUUAAUACUAUUCCUUAAUCGUUUAAGCCUCUGUGUACGUGUGUUAAACUUAAGUGUAAAAUCUUUAUUUAUGAAAUAAAUUAUUUGCAGAA